GACUUGCUUCGCAACCGCGAAUAUGAGCUCCAAGUCUGGAAGAGACAGCAGCUUGGGUACCCGCCCCGAACCUGAAGAAGAGGCACUUCGCAACCGGGAAUAUGAGCUCCGUCUUAUUCGCUGUACUUUCUCUCCUUCACCCUUCAUGUCCCCGCCUCCGUCUUCACCAUCCGAUCAAGCUCACAAUCUCAACGCUCUCAUCAACCAUCUGCUCGCUUUAAUAGAGAGUGGGAACUAUUUAGGAGUUUUCAACUCGGAAGCUUCCAGGCUUGUCUUCCAGCUUGGUGAUGAGUUGCCUUUCUCCUUCGAUGACUCCAUCGAUUGCGCCGACCGCCUCUACUCUGAGUUUCUGAAGCGCGCCGAAUCGUUUAUUGAAGUUAACUCAGCUAACGAUACGGGAAAAGCUUCUAGGAUAAUGCUUGUGAUGUGCAUCGCGGUGGCUGCACUUCUUGGGUUCUCACAAUGCAGCAUUACUGGGCCGUUGAAUGGGAUACCAAGAUGCCCCCUGCCACUGGAAGUGGGGAAAGGCGAUCAAUAUCGAGAGUGGGACAGUUGGGCACGCAAUCAGCUUAUGUCCGCUGGGUCUGAUUUGCUCGGGAAGUUCUCUAAUCUUCAGUACAUAGUUUUUGCUAAAAUAUUGCUUAUGAGGAUGAAGGAUUUACUGUCUGGAGGAAUUCUCUCUCCCAUGAUUGAGCUUAAAAGCCUUUCUUGGUGGCUUGCAAGGGUUUUACUUCUUCAGCAGAGAAUUUUGGAUGAGCGAUCUUCUUCUUUGUUUGAUCUUUUGCAAGUCAAUAUGGGCGAAGCUUUACAGCAAUUUGGCAAUUCAGAAGCAGUCAGAAGUUAUUGGGAUUCUAAUUUACGUGCUGGAGAGAGCUCUGCAAUUGUCUCCAUGGUUCAUUUGGAGGCUGGAAUUCUGGAAUAUGUAUAUGGACGAGUUGAUUCUUGCAGGAAACAUUUUGAGUCUGCUGAGAUAGCAGCUGGGAUUCAGCUUUCAGUUACUGGGGUUCUUGGUUUCCGUACUGUACAUCAGGUGGAACCAAAAGCACAAAUGGUCCUUGUUACAAACUCCAGUCAAUCAAACAGUGUUGAUAACUGCUCCUCAAUGAACACUGGCAUCCAGACAUAUGAUUCCAUCCGUGGUGAAGAAAACUUGCCUUUGCAGCAGAAUGAUACCAAUGAAGUAUCUGACGUACUUGUUGUUCCAAAGCUGUUGACGAAUGAUAAAUCUGAAAGUAGGUUAGAAAGAACAGAAAACGGUGCUAAUGGAACUGUUCAUUUGACGGCAAUGCAACAGGCAGUAGUUCUGGCCCACUGCCUUUUACUUGAGAAGAGCUCUCGACAUGAUGAGAUGCAGAGAUGGGAUAUGGCUCCUUACAUCGAGGCAAUUGAUUCCCAGAAUCUGUCACCUUUCACUAUACGAUGUUUCUGUGACCUCUUGCGGAUACGAUGGGAGUCAUCACGUAGCCAAACAAAGGAACGUGCUUUACUGAUGAUGGAUAAAUUGGUCCAGAGUCUUUAUGAAGCUUCUCCAGCAAUAACAGAAAGAAUUCCUUUUUGCUAUGAUGUUUUUAUGCCCUGUAUUCCUGCCCUAAGGAAGGAGUAUGGUGAGCUUUUGGUACGCUGUGGGUUGAUAGGGGAGGCAGUUAAAGUUUUUGAAGAUUUAGAAUUAUGGGAUAAUCUUAUAUUCUGCUAUCGCCUACUGGAGAAGAAAGCAACUGCUGUUGAACUCAUAAAAAAAUGUCUUUCAGAAAGACCCAAUGAUCCCACGUUAUGGUGUUCCUUGGGUGAUGCUACUGAUAAUGAUGCAUGCUAUGAAAAAGCUCUUGAAGUCUCAACCAAUAGGUCUGCUAGAGCUAAGCGCUCUCUGGCUCGUAGUGCAUACAACAGAGGAGAAUAUGAAACAUCCAAGAUUUUGUGGGAAUCUGCAAUGUCCAUGAACUCUAUGUAUCCUGAUGGUUGGUUUGCACUUGGGGCUGCUGCAUUAAAGGCUAGGGAUAUUGAGAAGGCUUUGGAUGGGUUUACUCGUGCAGUUCAACUUGAUCCUGAAAAUGGGGAAGCUUGGAAUAACAUUGCUUGCUUGCAUAUGAUCAAGAAAAGGAGUAAAGAAUCCUUCAUUGCCUUUAAAGAAGCCCUGAAGUUCAAGCGAAAUAGCUGGCAACUCUGGGAGAACUACAGCCAUGUAGCAGUUGAUGUGGGUAAUAUCAGUCAGGCUUUGGAAGGGGAACAAAUGGUUUUGGACAUUAGCAAUAACAAAAGAGUGGAUACAGAAUUAUUGGAGAGAAUUAUGGGAGAGGUGGAAAGAAGGGUUUCAGUAAGUCAUUCCGUUUCUCCUGUGACACCUAAUAAUCAGCAUAAUGGACAUCGAGAUGAUUCUGAAUCAGAGAUUUACGAGCAAGGAUCUGAUGUAUCUACUGAAGGAAGAUCACGGGAAACUGAGCAAUUAGUGUUGCUACUUGGAAAGGUUUUACAGCAGAUAGUCAAAAGUGGGAGUGGAUCAACAGCUGAUGUCUGGGGCUUAUAUGCUCGCUGGCACAGAAUUAAAGGAGAUCUUUUAAUGUGUUCUGAAGCGCUCUUAAGGCAAGUCAGAUCACUACAGGGAUCUGACACAUGGAAAGACAGAAAUCGUUUUGAGAAGUUAGCUAAUGCAUCUUUGGAACUUUGCAAGUUGUACAUGGAAAUCUCCUCAUCUACAAACAGCCGUAAAGAAUUGUUUACGGCUGAGAUGCACCUAAAGAACAUCAUUAAACAGGCACAGAGGUUCUCUGACACAGAAGAGUUUAGGGAUCUUCAGGCUUGCUAUGACGAAGUAAAAAUCAAACUCCAAUCGUUCAAUGCCUAAUUACUACCACUCUCAGAUGCAGAGCUUCUCUGGUACACGAGUUCAGGUGUCUCCAGGCUUGCCAUGAAAUGAAAAUCAAACUCCUAUCAUAGAAAUGGCGAGCUAAAAUCUUAUCGAAGGCAUUGUUGAGUCCGAAAUACGAAGUUCUAAUGUCGAGCUUUCUGUUAUCGCUGAAGUUCGUUCCACUGAAUCUGCAAGGGUAUAUUGAAAACGGAUGCGCGCGAAGGUCCGUCAACAGAGGUCAAAGGCUUAGUUUCAGCCGGAAGAGGCGGCAGGGAUAUGACUGGAAUUAUGAGAAUCUGCGGUUUGUAUGGAUGGCUAUGUUGCGUAACAUGUUUGAUUUUUAUUUUGAUUCUAAAUAUAAGAUCUUAAU